AUGGAGUUCUUCACAGAAUAUGGGGAGGCAAGCCAGUAUCAGAUCGAAGAGAUCAUUGGCAAGGGAAGCUUCGGAGUAGUUGCUGCUGCAGUAGAUACCCAAACUGGGGAGCGGGUUGCGAUCAAGAAGAUACAUGAUAUGUUUGAGCAUGCCUCAAAUGGCACCCGCAUUCUUCGGGAAAUCAAGCUUCUUCGGCUUCUCCGCCACCCAAACAUAGUUGAGACCAAACACAUCCUGCUUCCCCCUGCCCGAAGGGAGUUCAGAGAUAUUUAUGUUGUUUUUGAGCUCAUGGAGUCGGACCUACAGAAAGUGAUCCAAGCAAAUGAGAACCUCACUGCAGGGCAUCACCGUUUUUUCUUGUAUCAACUUCUUCAUGCCCUCAAGUACAUCCAUGCAGCUAAUGUAUUUCAUCGUGACUUAAAACCGAGCAACAUACUUGUCAAUUCAAACUGCAAACUAAAGAUCUGUGACUUUGGGCUUGCACGCGCAUCGCGUGAUGAUCCUCCCUUGGCUAUAUUUUGGACUGACUAUGUGGCUACAAGGUGGUACCGUGCUCCUGAAUUAUGUGGCUCAUUUUUCUCCAAAUACACCCCUGCAAUUGAUAUUUGGAGCAUAGGGUGCAUAUUUGCUGAAGUUCUCACUCGAAAACCAUUAUUUCCUGGGACGAAUGUCAAGCACCAACUAGAUCUGAUAACAGAUGUCCUUGGAACUCCAUCAUAUGAAACCCUAUCCCAGAUUCGUAAUGAGAAGGCCAGGAUAUAUUUGACUGGCAUGAAGAGGAAACAUCCUACCCCCUUUCCUAGUAUGUUUUGUAACGCUGAUCCUCAGGCUGUCCGUCUCCUAGAACGCUUACUCGCAUUUGAUCCUAAAGAUCGACCUACUGCUGAAGAGGCUUUAGCUGAUCCAUAUUUUGAAGGAUUUCCUAAUUUGGAACAUGAGCCUUCACCACACCCCUUUUCAAAACUUGAGUUUGAAUUUGAGAGAUGGAAGCUAACAAAGGAUGGUAUAAGAGAUCUGAUAUAUCGAGAGAUUUUGGAGUACCAUCCACAGAUGCUUCAGGAUUAUAUCGGAGCUGGAGGACAGACUAGUUUUGUCUAUCCAAGUGGGGUUGAUGGUAUGAGACUGCAGUUUGUACAUCUUGAGGAGAACCACCUCAGAGGAGAAAGAGGUACUCCACUGCGGAGGCGACAUGCAUCUUUGCCAAGGGAAAGAGUCUGUGCACCAAAAGGUAGCGAUAAUCAAGACUGUAACAAUGAGAGAAGGAGGACAGCAUCUUCUGCUGCCCAAACUACCAUAAGAUCACAACAAGAGGGGCUGACACAUGCAUAUGUUUAUCAAAAUGGCACAAGCAUUCCGAACUUCUGCUCUGGGUAUUACUUGCAGAAUGGUAGUACCAGUGCUUCCAGUUGUGUCAUCGAUGAGCAUGAAGGCCUGGAGGAGAACGGCGUCUCCGAGGAGGAGAAGGUGGCCUAUGAACUGUCACAAUGUUUUGCCAGGAUUUAG